AUGUUGGGAGUCCGGUCCCCGAAGGGGCCGGGCUCCAAUGCACUGGCCUGCCUGCUCCCAUCCCGGGCGCCCAGAAACCCCACAGGCAUCGCAGCGGGGACGGUGUCACCCGAGCGGGCGGACAGGCGGCACGGGCUGGUUAGGGGAAAACAAGUUGGGAGUCCGGUCCCCAAGGGGCCGGGCUCCAAUGCACUGGCCUGCCUGCUCCCAUCCCGGGCGUCCCAGAAACCCCACAGGUUAGAUUUAUGGGUGGGCAGGAUAGCCCCAGCCCAUGGUGUGAAGACCCUCUUAGGGCAUCGCAGCUGGGGACGGUGUCACCCGAGCGGGCGGACAGGCGGCACGGGCUGGUUAGGGGAAAACAAGUUGGGAGUCCGGUCCCCGAAGGGGCCGGGCUCCAAUGCACUGGCCUGCCUGCUCCCAUCCCGGCGCCCAGAAACCCCACAGUACGCCCCAAAGGGCACAAUCGUCCAAAGGGCCGGGUUAGAUUUAUGGGUGGGCAGGAUAGCCCCAGCCCAUGGUGUGAAGACCCUCUUAGGGCAUCGCAGCGGGGACGGUGUCACCCGAGCGGGCGGACAGGCGGCACGGGCUGGGUUAGAUUUAUGGGUGGGCAGGGAUAGCCCCAGCCCAUGGUGUGAAGACCUCUUAGGGCAUCGCAGCGGGGACGGUGUCACCCGAGCGGGCGGACAGGCGGCACGGGCUGGGUUAGAUUUAUGGGUGGGCAGGAUAGCCCCAGCCCAUGGUGUGAAGACCCUCUUAGGGCAUCGCAGCGGGGACGGUGUCACCCGAGCGGGCGGACAGGCGGCACGGGCUGGGUUAGAUUUAUGGGUGGGCAGGGAUAGCCCCAGCCCAUGGUGUGAAGACCCUCUUAGGGCAUCGCAGCUGGGACGGUGUCACCCGAGCGGGCGGACAGGCGGCACGGGCUGGUUAGGGGAAAACAAGUUGGGAGUCCGUCCCCGGCGGGGCCGGGCUCCAAUGCACUGGCCUGCCUGCUCCCAUCCCGGGCGCCCAGAAACCCCACAGUACGCCCCAAAGGGGCACAUCGUCCAAAGGGCCGGGUUAGAUUUAUGGGUGGGCAGGAUAGCCCCAGCCCAUGGUGUGAAGACCCUCUUAGGGCAUCGCAGCGGGGACGGUGUCACCCGAGCGGGCGGACAGGCGGCACGGGCUGGGUUAGAUUUAUGGGUGGGCAGGAUAGCCCCAGCCCAUGGUGUGAAGACCCUCUUAGGGCAUCGCAGCGGGGACGGUGUCACCCGAGCGGGCGGACAGGCGGCACGGGCUGGGUUAGAUUUAUGGGUGGGCAGGGAUAGCCCCAGCCCAUGGUGUGAAGACCCUCUUAGGGCAUCGCAGCUGGGACGGUGUCACCCGAGCGGGCGGACAGGCGGCACGGGCUGGUUAGGGGAAAAUGUUGGGAGUCCGGUCCCAAGGGGCCGGCUCCAAUGCACUGGCCUGCCUGCUCCCAUCCCGGGCGCCCAGAAACCCCACAGUACGCCCCAAAGGGGCACACCGUCCAAAGGGCCGGGCAUCGCAGCGGGGACGGUGUCACCCGAGCGGGCGGACAGGCGGCACGGGCUGGUUAGGGGAAAACAAGUUGGGAGUCCGGUCCCCGGCGGGGGCCGGGCUCCAAUGCACUGGCCUGCCUGCUCCCAUCCCGGCGCCCAGAAACCCCACAGGUUAGAUUUAUGGGUGGGCAGGAUAGCCCCAGCCCAUGGUGUGAAGACCCUCUUAGGGCAUCGCAGCGGGGACGGUGUCACCCGAGCGGGCGGACAGGCGGCACGGGCUGGGUUAGAUUUAUGGGUGGGCAGGAUAGCCCCAGCCCAUGGUGUGAAGACCCUCUUAGGGCAUCGCAGCUGGGACGGUGUCACCCGAGCGGGCGGACAGGCGGCACGGGCUGGGUUAGAUUUAUGGGUGGGCAGGAUAGCCCCAGCCCAUGGUGUGAAGACCCUCUUAGGGCAUCGCAGCGGGGACGGUGUCACCCGAGCGGGCGGACAGGCGGCACGGGCUGGGUUAGAUUUAUGGGUGGGCAGGAUAGCCCCAGCCCAUGGUGUGAAGACCCUCUUAGGGCAUCGCAGCGGGGACGGUGUCACCCGAGCGGGCGGACAGGCGGCACGGGGCAUCGCAGCGGGGACGGUGUCACCCGAGCGGGCGGACAGGCGGCACGGGCUGGUUAGGGGAAAACAAGUUGGGAGUCCGUCCCCGAAGGGGCCGGGCUCCAAUGCACUGGCCUGCCUGCUCCCAUCCCGGGCGCCCAGAAACCCCACAGGCAUCGCAGCGGGGACGGUGUCACCCGAGCGGGCGGACAGGCGGCACGGGCUGGUUAGGGGAAAUGUUGGGAGUCCGGUCCCGGCGGGGCCGGGCUCCAAUGCACUGGCCUGCCUGCUCCCAUCCCGGGCGCCCAGAAACCCCACAGGCAUCGCAGCGGGGACGGUGUCACCCGAGCGGGCGGACAGGCGGCACGGGCUGGUUAGGGGAAAAUGUUGGGAGUCCGGUCCCGGCGGGGCGGGCUCCAAUGCACUGGCCUGCCUGCUCCCAUCCCGGGCGCCCAGAAACCCCACAGUACGCCCCAAAGGGCACACCGUCCAAAGGGCCGGGUUAGAUUUAUGGGUGGGCAGGAUAGCCCCAGCCCAUGGUGUGAAGACCCUCUUAGGGCAUCGCAGCGGGGACGGUGUCACCCGAGCGGGCGGACAGGCGGCACGGGCUGGGUUAGGAUUUAUGGGUGGGCAGGAUAGCCCCAGCCCAUGGUGUGAAGACCCUCUUAGGGCAUCGCAGCGGGGGACGGUGUCACCCGAGCGGGCGGACAGGCGGCACGGGCUGGUUAGGGGAAAACAAGUUGGGAGUCCGGUCCCCGAAGGGGCCGGGCUCCAAUGCACUGGCCUGCCUGCUCCCAUCCCGGGCGUCCCAGAAACCCCACAGUACGCCCCAAAGGGGCACAAUCGUCCAAAGGGCCGGUGA